GGGCGGCGCUUUUUUUUUUUUUUUUUUUUUUUUUUCGCAAUUUCCACUCGCGGGGAGCAGGAAACCCGGCGCAGCCGGGCGCAGCGGGCCGCGAUGCAGCAGCAGCAGCAGGAGUCGCCCCGGGGCAGCAGCGACAGCAGCAGCAGAGGCAGCACCGGGCGGCGCUGAGCCGCCGCGGCCCCCGAUACAGAAAAGGAAGCCGGCCCAGCCGCCUCGUCCCGACCCCUGCGCCCCAGUCCCGGCGCAGCACGACUCCAGCGCCCCGACCCCGGCGCCUGUAUCCCCGCGCCCGCCUCCGCCAACUUUCACGCUGCCUCGGCGGCCCGGCCCGGCUCAACGCCAAUGGUGGAGGCCAUAGUGGAGUUUGAUUACCAGGCCCAGCACGACGAUGAGCUGACUAUCAGCGUGGGUGAGAUCAUCACCAACAUCAGGAAGGAGGAUGGAGGCUGGUGGGAGGGACAGAUCAACGGCAGGAGAGGUUUGUUCCCUGACAACUUUGUAAGAGAAAUAAAGAAAGAGAUGAAGAAAGACCCUCUCUCCAGCAAAGCUCCAGAAAAGCCCAUGCAUGAAGUGUCCAGUGGAAAUGCUUUGCUGUCUUCUGAAGCAAUUCUAAGAACCAAUAAGAGAGGCGAGCGUCGGAGGCGCCGGUGCCAGGUGGCAUUCAGCUACCUGCCCCAGAAUGAUGACGAGCUGGAGCUGAAAGUUGGUGACAUCAUUGAGGUGGUAGGAGAGGUGGAAGAAGGAUGGUGGGAAGGUGUUCUGAAUGGAAAGACUGGGAUGUUUCCCUCCAACUUCAUCAAGGAGCUGUCGGGGGAAUCGGACGACCUCAGCAUUUCCCAGGAUGAGCAGCUCUCCAAGUCAAGGCCUGAAGCUCUCCUCCCUCCAGUUUCUCCGCUGCCCUUUCCAGCUCACGGAGCAAAAGGAAAGACUACCUUUGAAGGGACAAUUCUCUACCGAGCUGCACCAGGAAAGACGGAGGGCCACAGACGCUAUUACAGUUUAAGGGAAACCACAGGCUCUGAGAGUGAUGGGGGUGACUCAAGCAGUACCAAAUCCGAAGGUGCCAACGGGACAGUCGCAACUGCAGCAAUCCAGCCGAAGAAAGUUAAGGGAGUGGGCUUUGGAGAUAUUUUCAAAGACAAGGCAAUAAAACUAAGACCAAGGUCGACUGAGGUAGAAAAUGACUUUCUGCCGGUGGAAAAGACUAUUGGAAAGAAGUUACCUCCAGCUAUAGCAACUGCAGACUCGUCAAAAACAGAAAUGGACAGCAGGACAAAGACCAAGGAUUACUGCAAAGUAAUAUUUCCAUACGAGGCACAGAAUGAUGAUGAAUUGACAAUCAAAGAAGGAGAUAUAGUCACUCUCAUCAAUAAGGACUGCAUCGAUGUAGGCUGGUGGGAAGGAGAGCUCAAUGGCAGACGAGGAGUGUUCCCUGAUAACUUCGUGAAGUUGCUUCCACCAGACUUUGAAAAGGAGGGGAACAGACCCAAGAAGCCACCUCCUCCAUCCGCUCCUGUCAUCAAGCAAGGGGCAGGUACCACUGAGAGAAAACAUGAAAUUAAAAAGAUACCUCCUGAAAGACCAGAAACACUUCCAAACAGAACAGAAGAAAAAGAAAGACCAGAGAGAGAGCCAAAACUGGAUUUACAGAAGCCUUCCGUUCCUGCCAUACCACCAAAAAAGCCACGGCCACCCAAGACCAAUUCUCUCAGCAGACCAGGCGCACUGCCCCCGAGGAGACCUGAACGACCAGUGGGUCCCCUGACCCACACCAGGGGUGACGGUCCAAAGAUUGACUUGGUGGGCAGUUCCCUGUCUGGCAUCCUGGACAAGGAUCUCUCGGACCGCAGCAAUGACAUCGACCUAGAAGGUUUUGACUCCGUGGUAUCAUCUACUGAGAAACUCAGUCACCCAACCACAAGCAGACCAAAAGCCACAGGGCGGCGGCCUCCGUCCCAGUCCCUGACAUCCUCUUCCCUUUCAAGCCCUGAUAUCUUUGACUCCCCAAGUCCCGAAGAAGAUAAAGAGGAACACGUUUCGCUUGCACACAGAGGAGUGGACGCGUCAAAGAAAACUUCAAAGACUGUUACCAUAUCCCAAGUGUCUGACAACAAAGCACCCCUGCCACCUAAGCCGGGGACCAUGGCUACAGGUGGCAGUGGUGGGCCAGCCACUCUGUCCUCGGCAGCACCUGCCCCCCUGUCGUCCUCUUUGGGAACAGCUGGACACAGGGCCAACUCCCCAUCUCUAUUCGGCACGGAAGUAAAACCAAAGAUGGAGCCUGUGGCCAGCAGCCAGGCUGCCCUGGAGGAGCUAAGGACACAGGUCCGAGAGCUGAGGAGCAUCAUUGAGACCAUGAAGGACCAGCAGAAACGAGAGAUUAAGCAGUUGCUGUCAGAGUUGGAUGAAGAGAAGAAAAUCCGGCUUCGACUGCAGAUGGAAGUUAAUGACAUAAAGAAAGCUCUUCAAUCAAAAUGAAUACUUGAUCAAUGAAAUGUCGCAUUAUUCAUCCUGAGUCCAAGACUCAAAUUUUCCGCCCCAGCCAAAAUAACUUUGUGCCAAAAGAUUAAAGAUUUGCCUCACUAUUUCCCUGUUUGAAAGAUUAGCACAAAAGUCUUGAUAGCACAACACAAAUUCCAUCCAAGAGGAGACUCUUCCCCAUGGUAUAGUCCUGGGUCUGGCACUGGUUGUGACUUAAACAGAGCAAAUUGUGCUAAAGGCUUUUUUACUAUGAGAUCUAAUGCGAAAUGAAAACUCAGGCAGUUUAGUCCAUAGUGGUACUAUUUUGAUGAUAUUUUCCAUUAAUAAAAUGUAAUUUCAGAUUAUUCGUUUACAAGCUUUAUAAUUUUAUGAUUUUUUAAUCGUGUUUUGUCACAGAUUCCCCCAGUAUUUGUAUUACACAUAGUCCGGAGCGAGCGUCCCUUUCUUUUGCUGCAGGCAGAAAGCUGCCUCGCUUUGUGUCCCCUCUAGGAGUCUAUUACAUAUGCAAUUUUAGAUCCAAGCCGUCCCUUUUCCUGCCAGCAACCCUUCCUCCACCCUGAGAUCAACUUUAGCUUAUAUGUGAUGGUAUAUUUACAAAAAGAGAAAGAGAAAAUCGGUAUUUGCAAUGAUCUGUGCCUUCUUUUUACCACCCUCUUGAUUGGAACUUUUGUGAUGCAGCUACCAUGAUUCAAAAAAAAAUAUUUUUAGCCACUUAUCAGAGUCCACUAGAGGCCACUGUCUUCAAAGCUUCUCUCCCCUAGCCAAAGGUCCUAAGAGGAGACAGCUGUGAAGUUGGGUGUACUCUGUGGCGACUUUUAAGUUCUCCUAGUUUUAGGUUGUUCAUGAAACUAGAAAUGUCACCCCUGCUUGAUUUUUCAUCAGCCAAGUUAAACCCCUGCUUCCUGUCCUUUGCACCUUUUGCGUGAACAGAAUAUGCAUUAUUAAAGCAAAAAUAAAUAAAAGUAAAAUGCAAAUCAAAA